UCAACCAAGAGCUUCAAGUUCAGGACGACAACUAUUUUCCCCCUCCUUAAACACAACUCCCAUAUAACAGAAAGAGAGGAUUUGCAACGUAUGCUAUAGCAGUAUCGUCUACAUAUUCAGUCUCCCAAAAAAGGGAAAAUCGCAACAAUGCAUUCCACCAUCGUCCGCGCCCAAAAUGUCUUCGGCUUCUUCACAACCGUUGCCUUCGUUGUCGCGGCUCUGAUCGCAGCUUCGGAUCUUACUGUUCCUCGUGCGCCGAAGGCUGAGGUUACUGCUAAUAGUGUUCAAGUGUACUUCCUCCCAUACCAUGCCUUCCCAAUCCCAAUCCAAGUCCCGCCCAUCUGCUAACCACAGCGACUCUCCAGUGUCAAAGGAAGACCCCAUUACUACUCGACGAAAAAGGAGGAAUACGCUGUGAUUCGGUUCACCAUGUCGGCGGAUCUCUCGUCGCUGUUCACGUGGAAUACGAAGCAGGUGUUCGUUUGGGUUUCGGCGUCGUGGCCGAAUGCUACGAGUACGGAUGGGGAGUUGAGUAAUGAGGCGGUGAUUUGGGAUAGUAUUAUUACGAAUCCUUCGGCGGAUCAUUUGAUGAAUAUUGGACCUGCGGCGAUGAAGAAGUUGGUUAAGAGUGCGAAGGGGAAGAGUAUUGAUCCUAAACGGUAUGUUUUUUUUCUUCUAUGUUUAUGUCAUGGCAUAUACUUUUGCUUAUUGAGAGGCAAUUGGAUUGGAAGAGUUGAGAAGAUCGAUGUGGUUGAACUUGGACCUGGCCAAAUUGGGCAUGAUGAACGGUGUACAUGCUAAUAUAUAAACAGAGGCAUCCUCGCCCUCAAAAACCAAAAACCUAAAUACCAAAUCACCGCUCCCACAGGCAAACUCGCCGAAACCAACGACGUGGUAUUAAAGGUUCAUUACAAUGUUCAACCUUGGGUGGGGGUUUUGACUUGGACGCCGCAAAUAGAGUUUUUGGGGUGGAAAAAAUUGAAGGGUGGUGUGAGUAAGGCGUUUGCGUUACCUGCUAUUAAGAAGAAGGAGACGGCAGAGAAGAAGGCAUAG